AUGGAGAGUGGGAAGAAGAUGAAUGGGGUGGUGAUAUUGACCAAGAGGAAUAUCUUGCCCAUGGGCCUCAACGACACCACUGGUUCUGUCGUUGAACCCGCCGCCGCCGCCGCCGACAUCUUAGGCCCGGAAGUUUCUCUUCAACUCGUUAGCGCUGUUCAUGAAUUUGUUGCAGGGAGUGGAUCGAAAGGGAACGUAGGAGAACCAGCUUACUUAGAGAAGUUGGAUGCAUCUAAUAUUCCUACCUUAUCACCACGCGACUCGGCUUUCAAGGUUACCUUCGCCAAGGACGAGGCUAUCGGAGUUCCGGGAGCCUUGAUCAUCAAGAACAGUGGCACCACUGAGUUCUAUGUCAAGAUCAUCACUCUCGUUGAUGUUCCCGGUGAAGGUCACCUCCACUUUGUCUGCAACUCUUGGGUCUACCCUUUUACCAAAUACGAUUAUGAUCGCGUUUUCUUCACAAACAAGUCAUAUCUUCCAAGUGAAACACCGGAGCCACUACGUGAGUACAGAGGACAAGAGCUUCUGAACUUGAGAGGAGAUGGAGCAGGAGAGCGCCAGGAGUGGGACAGAGUCUAUGACUAUGCUUACUACAAUGAUUUGGGUAAUCCUGAUAAGAGUUCAGAAUUGGCUCGUCAAACCCUUGGAGGGUCUGGCAAUUUCCCUUACCCUCGUAGAGGAAGAACUGGCAGACCACCCACCCAGACAGAUCCCAGCUGUGAAAGCAGGCUGAAUCUUGCAAGGAGUUUAAGCAUUUAUGUUCCACGUGAUGAAAGAUUUAACCAUGUGAAGAUGACUGACUUUCUUGCUUAUGGACUGUUGUCAUUAGCUCAAGGCAUUGUACCUGCACUGAAGUCUUAUUUUGAUGAAACACCGGGUGAAUUUGAUAGCUUCCAGGAUGUGCUUGAAUUGUACAGAGGAGGACUUAAGCUACCGGAAGCACUACUUGAUACCAUCAAGAAAGAUGUCCCUUCUGAAAUGCUUCAGGAAAUUUUUCGUAUUGAUGGUGGACAAUUCAUCAAAUUCCCUCUGCCUCAUGUGAUCAAAGAGGAUACGUCUGCGUGGAGGACUGAUGAGGAAUUUGCAAGAGAAAUGGUGGCUGGAGUUAACCCUCUUGUCAUUCGCCGCCUCGAAGAGUUUCCACCGGCAAGCAAGUUAGACCCUAAAGUGUAUGGUAAUCAAACUAGUAAAAUUACUGAAGAACACAUACAGAAGAACUUGGACGGGCUUGCUGUACAUGAGGCACUCAAAAACAAGAGGUUAUUUAUAUUAGAUCUCCAUGAUUCAUUCAUGCCAUACCUGAGAAGGAUAAAUACAACACCAACAAAGACUUAUGCCACAAGGACACUCUUGUUUCUAAAAGAUGAUGGUACUUUGAGGCCCUUGGCUAUCGAAUUAAGCUUACCACAUCCAAAGGGUGACCUGUAUGGUUCAGUUAGCAAAGUAUAUACCCCAGCUGAAGAGGGCGUUGAAAGUACCAUUUGGCAACUUGCAAAAGCUUAUGUAGCUGUAAAUGACUCUGGCUAUCAUCAGCUCAUUAGUCACUGGUUGCAUACACAUGCCGUGAUUGAGCCAUUUGUGAUAGUUACAAACAGGCAACUAAGCGUGGUCCACCCAAUUUACAAACUCUUGCAACCUCACUUCCGGGACACUAUGAAUAUAAAUGCACUUGCUAGGCAGACUCUCAUUAAUGCCGAUGGUAUUCUGGAAUUGACAGUUUUCCCAAGAAAGUAUGCCAUGGAGAUGUCAGCAGUAAUCUAUAAGGAUUGGGUUUUUCCUGAGCAAACCCUCCCAGCAGAUCUUCUUAAGAGAGGAGUGGCAGUCAAGGAUCCAAAUUCUCCACAUGGUCUUCGCUUGCUGAUACAGGACUACCCAUAUGCUGUUGAUGGGCUUGAGAUCUGGUCUGCAAUCAAAUCAUGGGUUGCAGAGUACUGCUCUUACUACUACAAGACUGAUGAUGUCAUCCAGAAUGACUCGGAACUUCAAGCAUGGUGGACAGAACUUGUAGAGGUGGGUCAUGGAGACAAGAAAAAUCAGCCCUGGUGGCCUAAAAUGCAAACCCGUGAAGAGCUAGUAGAAUCAUGCACCACAGUGAUAUGGAUUGCUUCUGCUCUCCAUGCAGCAGUCAACUUUGGGCAGUACCCUUAUGCAGGGUACUCUCCAAACCGCCCUACAACAAGUCGUCGGUUCAUGCCUGUUAUGGGUACUCCAGAAUAUGAGCAACUUCGAACUGACCCAGAAAAGGGUUUCUUGGAGACAAUUACCGCAGAGCUGCAGACCCUCAUCGGGAUUUCCCUCAUUGAGAUUCUGUCGAGGCAUACUUCAGAUGAGGUCUACCUCGGGCAGACAGACACUCCCGAGUGGACAGCUGAAGCUGAUGCCUUGCAAGCUUUUGAGAGGUUUGGAAAGAAACUUGCUGUAAUUGGAGACAGAAUUAUGAGCCGGAACACUGAUCCAAAUUUGAAGAACCGAGUUGGGCCUGUCAAGUUUCCAUACACUCUGUUGUAUCCUACUAGUGAGAAAGGAAUCACUGCCAUGGGAAUUCCUAACAGCGUCUCAAUCUAAAUGUUUUCUCCAGGCGUUCUUGUGAACUAGUCUUAAUAUCUGUCUUUUAUUUUCCUUAUUAGAAAUUGUGUUUUACUUUUAGAAUGUCUCGAUCAAGGUUAGAUUUUAUGAAUAAGAGCACAUGUCACCACAAACGCCCAAAGUUUUGGUAUUACAUUUGCUGAAUAAUUUGUAUCGAGCAUAAUGCUUCAUGAUGUAAGAACUUCCCCAACUAAAUUAUAUAUCUUGACGGCAUUUGUUAUGACAAAAAUGCCUUGAACUUUGGACACAAAACUUUGGUAUUUCUACUAAAUGGCAUCGAAUUUGAUCUUCUUGUGAUGAGAACUAAUAAAAAAGAUUAUGGGAUAGCAUGCUGUGAUUGAUCCAUUUGAGAUAGCAUCAUGCAAGUGCCAAUUCAUAAA